UUCUCAUUUCAGGAUGAAUGUGACAAUGAAGAAAGAGUCAAGAAACAAUGUGAAAGUUUCUUUGCGGUGAAGGGAGCUGCAUUGGUCCUUCCCAGGAGCAAUGAGUCCAGACCCAUCAAGAAAAACCCCAUUGUUGGGGAGUUAUCAGACCACAUUCAGAGCAUGUUUCUGCUUCUUAGGCAUGAAGAUCGGAUGACCCUGGCGGUCCGAUUGGAAAGCGUGUACGAUGAGCGUGUCCGUUACAUCAUCCUGGUAUCCUGCAACGGUGUGCAGGACACGGAGGAGAGCGUCAUCCUAGGGGUUGAUAUCAUGUCCAACAGCGCCACCAUUGGCCUGGUCUUGCCAAUCUGGUGCGAGACCACUACACAACUGGAUGGGGACGGUGGCUUCAACCUCUCUGCUGAGAAAUACACUGGCUUCAACCUUUGUUCCAAGAAUCGCACCAACACAUUCAAACCAGUCUCCGUUCAGGCUCUGUGGUCGGCAAUGCAAGCCAUCCACUCAGCCAUCUCCACAGCCCAGACCUACAACUAUUUCCCCGGUGGUCUGAAUCUGACCUGGAUUGGCUACUAUGAGUCCCGCAUCAACUCCAGUCCCUCACGGAUCAAGGAGUGGCAACUCAUGCCGGAGCUAGAGGUCACCAAGCCCCACGCCUUCACUCCUACCUACUCGGAAGAAGGCCAUUACUAUCCCAGUGACCGUGAGCUGACAGAGCAGCUCAUCUUCUUGAAGAUCAAAGACAUCAUGGCAUCGGCAGACUUGGACUCUAUCACAAGCAGGGAGGUGCGAGUGAGGAUUGAGAAUGAUCUAGGGAAGAGCUUGAAGGAAUACAGACACUACCUGGACGAGCAGUUGAUCACCUACAUGAGGCAGAUGGAUUCCGCCUCUCUCAUCUUUGAUCACAUCUACUUGGGGUCUGAGUGGAACGCAUCCCACUUAGAGGAACUGGAAGCAAACGGUGUUGGCUACGUUCUGAAUGUAACUAUGGAGAUUGACAAUUUCUACCCGAAUCGUUUCAUCUAUCACAAUGUGCGAUUGUAUGACAUUGAGAGCUCUGAACUGUUGAAGUACUGGGACGAAACCUACAAAUUCCUCUCAAAGGCAAAAGAAAAAGGUUCCAAGGCUCUGGUCCAUUGCAAGAUGGGAAUCAGUCGCUCUGCUGCCACCGUGAUUGCCUAUGCAAUGAAGGAGUACAACUGGCCCUUGGAGAAAGCCAGGAGCUUCGUGGCCAGAAAGCGCAAGUGUGUGAAUCCAAACACGGGCUUCCUGCAGCAGCUUCAGGUCUACGAAGGAAUGCUGGAUGCCAGUCGACAGAGACACAAUAAGCUGUGGAGAAGCAAGUCGGAGAGCUCCCUAGCCAGCUCGGCAGAAUGCAGCCAAGAAACCAUCGAGUCCACCUCAAGCACCGAAGACUUACCCGAUGCAGCCUCUAAGACAUUGGAAACAACUCACCAAGGGAGUACUGUGCAGACUGCGGCACUCUCGCUGGGUCUUGCACCGCAGUUGGGCCACAACAGACGCCGAUCUUGGUCCCCGAAGGAUUCGGUGGCAGAAGCGCACUUCCCAAGCAACACUCAAGGCAAAUCGGUCCACGAGAAGGCCGGCCGCCUGAGCACCAGUCCUGCCGACAUUGAUUUCAUGGUGCUAGAUGACGACUGUCAGGACAUUCAGAUCAUUGUACCAGAAAUGCUCACCCCAACGAGUCCCACUCUGAGCGUGCCCACAGAGCCACUCCUUAUUGGCCGUACUGAAUAUGAGCUGCCCGCAGCACCUGUGCUUGAAGAUGUACAGAUGGACACUCAACCAGAAGAUACUCAAAUGGAAUCUCUAAUGCUUGGACAAGUUGUGACAGAGGAUGUUUUGGCAGUUGGGGAAUCCCCAAGUGGCUUCAAAGAGGGAAUACCUGAAAUGACCAGCACCCCGAGCCAACCUGAACAAGCUGAAGAGAUGGAGGUAUCGCCUCCUAGUGAAGUUGCCGAUAUCAGCCUGAAAGAAGGACUGAAUACAAACAACAACAGUGCUACUGGCUUAAGCUCCUCACAUACCGACGAUAUCCCACCGGUUGAAGGAACGGUCAAGCUAAGAGUUACGUCCUUUGAAAACAAUCACCUGGUCCCCGAUGAUGAGAAGGUCGAGGUGAAAAGCGAAGAGGAAAUCGUCAGUACUGUGGAUGUUGUGUUUUUGGAGCCGGAGAUGCCUGUCAGCUCCGGAACUGUGCAGAAACAGAAACAGGACAUCGAGGAGAGACUCAAAGCCAAAGCUGCCGAGAAAGGUAGCCCUCCGUUGACCAGAUCAGGAAAGGUUUCCCCAGACACCACCACACUACCCACCAGUGAUAGUACUACCUGUGAGAUUGAUGACCCUGAUACUACUCAUCAGCCGAAACUUGCCGAAUCUCAGGAUUGUGAAAAGCCAGAGAUAGAUGCCUGUAACAUUUCAUCCCCCCAGCCCCCAGCUGUCAGCCUGCUUCAAGAAUCGACCACCACCGCAAGCCCAACGCUGCAAGCCCUUGAAAAGGGGCGCGUGAAAAAGAUUACUGAGCAACUUCUAUCUCAGAAGAGUCCCGUUAACGAUAGCGAAGAUGAUGAGGAGCUCCUGUCAUUGGCAGAGAAGAGAAAAAGCCAGAGCAUUGAGAUUGGGAGCCCACCGUCCGAUUCUCCAACUAAACAGCUGCUGCAACCCUCCAAGUCUUCCUCAGUUACUUCCAGGUGCUCUCUGGUUGUUGAGACAACUGGAGCAAUCUCCCAGAGCCCUGCUCCCCAGGAGGACAAGUCAGUCAAGGACACCACGUCACAAGAAUGUAUGGCAUCUCAGGAACCCACGAGCGGAAGCCCUUCCAAGGAAGCCUUCAUAAAAACGUACUUCGGGGAGGAUAUUCCGCUGGAGCCAGGAACAGUGAAACGGCAGACCAUAGAUUUUGAGCAGCUCUCCUCUCAUGGUCAACAGGAGGAGUCAGAACCAAAGAAAGAAGCAGCGAGUAAGAAAGAAGUGGAAGAGACUGCACCGGAAGUGACUGACGCGGCACAGGAAGAGAUGGUCGUCAUCAUCCGGGACAGCACCACAAAUGGGAAGAGGAAGUUUGAAGAAGUCGGAAGCCAGAACAAGCAUGCCAGGGUGGAUCAGAAAGAGCAACCAACCAAAGACACAGCUGAGGAGUUGGAGACAGAGACAAAGAUGGAAGAGGAGACUCAAGAGGAAAUGAAGAUUAACUCCGCCUACGCCCAGGAGGGCAUCUCAUCCUGGAAGGUUGGGGAUGUCCGCAAACACACCCAGCAGUUUGAGGGAUGGUCAUCGUCCACAGAGGCCACAGACCAGUCCACCAAGCCUCCUAGCCCGAUCACAAUCGAGGACACAACUGAAUCCAAAAUGAUUUCCGGGGAGAGCAUCUCGCUGAGAGAGUCAGUGGCAGAGAAGGCUCCUCCAGUGUCGUCAGACUCAGGUUCGUCAGAAGAGGAGGAAACCUCCCCGGGGCUAGCCCAAGUAGAUGAGGGUGUAGACCGUGGUAAAAACGCAGGUGAGAAGGAGAAAUUAAAUGUGGAGAGUAUCGGAGAGCGAAUUGCCAAACUUGAUCUCAACCUAAGACGCACCAACUCCAUUGCGCGCUUGUCCAACGAGAGAGGCUCCCCCGUGGUCAUGCGGCGCAGCGAUUUCACCCGUCCAGUCAGCAUCCGUGGCAACCGCCUGCGCUCGGACUCCGGCACGCGCUCCCUGGAAUCCUCUCCAGAGAACCAGUCUCAGCUGGCUAAAGGGGAUCUGACGGUGGACGAGAGGCGUAGGAGUGCCCACGCCCGACUGGUCACACCACAAAAGGACACGGUGCCGCUGCAGUUUUACCUGGAAGAACCGUCAUCGGUGGAGAUACGCAGCCUCAGCAGUGCCUCAGCUUCUGACGAACCGGUGACAUCGACUGCGACAGGCACUGGCAACAGUGCUUCGGGAAAGACCAGCGACAGCGCUGCGAAACCAACCAGCUUUGAAAAGGCCCCAGCAACUAAGGAUUGCGAGUCACCCCAAGCCAGCAGGAAAAAGCAGCAGCAUGGCAAGACCCACCCCUUGUCUAAGCUAAGCCCCACCCCCGCGAAGCACCCCUUUUAUGGCACGUCGUAAUACUCUGUGUGAAACUCUCAGGUGCUGGGUCUGUGUGUUUUUGUGUGUGUGAUAGCUGUGACGUUCUGUGUGGUUUGUGUCAGUCUCAAUGUCCAAGAAAUCCAAGUGUCUGAAAAAGAUAACAGCGUAAUGUGCAGUGUGUGGUCUUGAAAGUUGUGUUGAAUUGAUAUACAAGUUUUGGCACAGAUAUGUUUCUGAUCGGAUCUUGGGAUGACCUUUUACAGUGCUUCAGAUCUAAUACAUUAGUCAUCCGCCUUUUGUUUAAAAAGGCAACCUUUGUAGAACAUUUACACGUUGUGUACAUUUCUGUCCACAAAAGUGCUAACGGAGCUAAUAGAAUUAUUUGAGGUUUGUGUACAUGUACAUAUCACUCAUAUUUCUGUACGUAAAUAAAGCUAUAAGUUAUUUUGUGAA